AUGUCAACAGCGACAAUCCAGGCGAUCAACGAGCGAGUGCUGCAACAUCUGCGGGAAGCGGAAGCUCGAGGAGGAGCAGCUCAGCACGUCUUCCCCGACUGGUCAGCCUUACGAAGUCCGCAACCCGGCCAGGGACUCUCCGCCAGCAGCCUGGCCAUGAACUUGAAUCCGUUCGUGUCCCCGUCGACCCAUUCGCGAGCCAAAAGCGACACCGGCGCCGACAGUCCAACGGGGGUGCUUGAUCUCAGUCCGAAAACCGAAGUGAAUCCGACAGGCCCGCGCGGCGGCUUGCUGAAUUUCUCAUCCGCCACGGCUCAGUCCCAGGAUCGACCCGGGUUGACGCUCCAGAAUGCCGCCGCGCUGCUGGGCAACGUGCAGCUCCCGCUGGGGCACGGGCCCGGCGUCGGGCUCGGGUUCGUGGGCGCCGCCCGCGGAAGCGCCGCCUCGCCGUCGAUGAUCUCUCCCGGGCUCAGCCCGCUCGGUCCCGCUGUGAUGCACGCUUCGCCGACUGCGUCGGGGCCCUUUGGCCCGUUCGGCAUGGCUCUCGGCCCGGGAUUCCCAGUGCUUCCCCGCGGAAACACGACCUGCAACGUGUGCUUCAAAACCUUCGCGUGCCACUCGGCCCUGGAGAUCCACUACAGGUCGCACACGAAGGAAAAGCCGUUCAUCUGCCCCAUCUGCAAACGGGGAUUCUCCACCAAGGUAAUCAUCGCUAAUCGUGGUCCGGUAGAGCGGAACCAAGAAAAAGAACAGGCAAAGAGAGAGAAAAGGAUCUGUGACUUGUGUUCUCGCGGGAGACUCACGGCCAUUCAUGCUGGUGUGUCGCAGGGCAACAUGAAGCAGCACAUGCUCACGCACAAGAAGAACGAGAGCCCGGAGAAACCCGGCGGCUCGGGUUCGACGAGCAAUAAUCCCAAGCAGAACGGGGAGAAGAGCCGAAGCCGACCCGCGGCGUCGUCGAUCGCACCCGAACCCUCCGGCGACAGUCUCAGCAAUUCCUCGCUAGAGUCCAAGUGGCUCCUCGGUGGCGGUGGCUGUGGCGUCGGCGGUGGCGGCGCCGUGAAAACCGAAUCCCCUCGUGACUCCGUUGUUGACGCAGAAAAGUUCCCUGUCAUGGACCAGGUCGAGAGUCAGGACUUGACCUCGCUGAAGCAAGAGUCGUCGGCGCUGGAGGGGGAAUGGGACGUCGUCGGUCCUGAGCCUCUGGUCGGCAGCAACGGGAAUGCGGUGGAGUCGCCGGUGCACGACGUGGUUAUCGCCAAGUCGCCGCCGGUGAAACGAGAGACUCCGGUCGUCGGGUCGCCGCCUGCUGCUGCCCCCGCCCCUGCUCCUGCGGCGGCUACUGUCCCUGCUGUUGAUAACGGAAAGCCGAGCGGAGGAACCCACCCUAUUCCCAAACGACCGCCUGGUUUCCCGAAGCACAUGUGUCACGUGUGCCACAAGAAUUUCAGUUCCGGGAGUGCUUUGCAGAUUCACAUGCGAACUCAUACGGGUGAUCGCCCAUUCAAGUGCCCUGUUUGCGGAAGAGCAUUCACAACCAAAGGGAAUCUGAAGGUUAGUUUAUUCUACAUUAACCCUAUUUCCAAGCUUCAUCGGUGGAAAAAAGGUGGGAGAAACAUGGAUGAGUAG